AUGGAAGAACUUAAACCAGAACAAUCCGACCCCAUCAAUCCUGACAGGGUGUCUGCUACAAAGGGUAACUCAUACAACAGUGAAACCACUAGUAAAUCCACCGUCUCCAGUGCCGUUAAUGGUUUAAUAAAUAACCGACCAGAGUACUUGCAAGAAAUCUACGAUAACAUCCCCAGAACGAUUUAUUUCAAUUAUGACUUGCCGGAUGACAUGAAAGAUCCCCUGGGUCAUCCAAUCAUCCUGUACCCACGAAAUAAAAUUAGAACAACAAAGUACACCCCGUUAUCUUUCUUACCCAAGAAUAUCAUCUUCCAAUUCACCAACAUUGCCAACUUCUAUUUCCUUGUGCUUGUGAUUUUGGGUGCAUUUCAAAUCUUUGGGGUGGCAUCCCCUGGUCUUGCUGCCGUGCCACUUAUUGUCAUUGUCUGUAUUACUGCUUUCAAGGAUGCAUUGGAAGAUUAUAGACGUGGGACUAGUGACUCCGAAUUGAACAAUUCUCCAAUCCAUUUGUUAUCAGGCACGCAUAAUCCAAAUGUGUUGACUACCGAAGUUGGUCCCUGGAGAAGAUUCAAGAAGGCAUGUACGAGAGGUACGUUUGCCACGUUCAGGGCUUUCAAGAAGUGUGGAGUAUUCAUUUGCGGAAACAAGAAAAAGAAACAAGAGUAUAUCAGGCAGCAAGUACAAGAAGAAGAGUAUGCCUUACACAGAGUGUCUACUGUUCAUUCAGAAUAUUCAUACCAAUCCCAACCCGAACCUAGAUUAAGUCUAGACUCAAGACGGUCGAUGCAAUCAGGAAGAUCCCGUCAUCGUCCCACCGUGGCCCUUCCUAAUUCAUUGUUAAACCCUGUCCUCAAGAAGGAAAACGAGAAUGUUGGAGACGACAAGAGACCUCUGUUUAAGAAUAGACGCUGGAAAGAUGUCAAUGUCGGUGAUAUCAUCAGAAUAAGAGCCAAUGAAGAAGUGCCCGCUGAUGUUAUUAUCUUGUCUACUUCCGACCCAGAAGGAAACUGCUUUGUAGAGACCAAGAAUUUGGAUGGUGAAACUAACUUAAAGACGAGAAAUGUGUUGAAAUGCGGUGGUACCAACAACUUGAAGCAUUCUGAUGACUUGGGGGAUACGAAAUUCUGGGUCGAAUGUGAUGCACCAAACCCAAGUUUAUAUACCUUUAGAGGAACAAUCCAUUAUGAAAAUUAUGACGGUAGUGGUAAUUUGGUCAAUCCCGAUGAAAAGGAAGCAAUUACUCCAGAUAACGUUUUGUUGCGUGGUUGUAUGUUGAGAAACACAAAAUGGGUCAUUGGUCUUGUGGUUUACACUGGUCCAGAAUCGAAAAUUAUGCUUAAUUCCGGUAUUACCCCCACCAAAAAGUCAAGAAUAUCCAAGGAAUUGAACUUGUCCGUUAUAAUCAACUUCUUGUUGUUGUUCAUAUUAUGUUUUAUUUCGGGGUUGAUUAAUGGGUUGUUUUACCGUAGAACCGAUAAUUCCCGAGCCUACUUUGACUUCCAACCAUUUGGAGGUACACCGGCAAUUAAUGGUGUGCUUGCAUUUUUUGUGACGUUGAUUAUCUAUCAAGCAUUGGUUCCUAUUUCGUUGUAUAUUUCCGUGGAAAUCAUCAAAACUCUCCAGGCAUUCUUCAUUUAUUCUGAUCUUAAGAUGUAUUAUGAGAAAUUGGAUUUCCCGUGUAUUCCUAAAUCCUGGAACAUUUCUGAUGAUUUGGGUCAGAUUGAGUAUAUUUUCAGUGAUAAAACCGGUACUUUGACUCAGAACGUUAUGGAGUUCAAGAAGUGUAGUAUUGGUGGGAAAUCUUAUGGAUUGGCAUAUACUGAAGCUAAACAAGGGUUGGAUAAACGUAAUGGAUUAGAUACUGUGGCUGAAAUGAAUAAAUGGAAAAAGAGAAUUAGUGACGAUAAACAAGAAAUGGUUGAGCUUUUGACAAAGUAUAGCUCAAAUGAUCAAUUGCGUGAAGAAAAUGUCACUUUUGUUUCUAGUGAGUAUGUCAAGGACACCAUGAUGGAAGAUCUGUCCCGUAAAGAAAUCAACGAACGUUUCAUGACAGCAUUGGCAUUGUGUCAUACCGUGGUUACUGAAGUGAGUGAGACUGAUCCUGGGUACCGUAAUUUCAAGGCUGAAUCUCCUGAUGAAUCUGCAUUGGUUUCCGUUGCCAGAGACUUGGGUAUUGUGUUUAAAGAAAGAUUAAGAAAGUCGGUGAUUAUUGACAUAUAUGGUGAAGAGUUGACAUAUGAAUUGCUAGAUAUCAUUCCAUUCACCUCAGCUAGAAAGAGAAUGUCGUGUAUCCUUCGUGCUCCAGAUGGUAGAGUAAUUGUAUACACCAAAGGUGCAGAUAAUGUAAUUUUCCAAAGAUUAGACCCCCAUAACAACUCCAAUGAUGUGAUUUCCAAAACUGCACUUCAUCUUGAAGAUUACGCCACUGAAGGGUUGCGUACAUUAUGUAUCACUGAAAAGGAAGUUGAUUACGACUAUUAUAAAGCUUGGAGUGCAAGAUAUGGUGAAGCUAAUGCAUGCAUUGAUGAUAAUCGUGACGAAUUAAUUUCCAAAGUUGAAGACGAAAUUGAAUCCAACUUGAUCUUGUUGGGUGGUACCGCCAUUGAAGACAGAUUACAAGAAGGUGUGCCUAGCUCAAUUGCGAUUUUGGCCCAAGCAGGUAUUAAAUUGUGGGUGUUGACUGGAGAUAGAAUUGAAACUGCCAUUAACAUUGGAUUUUCGUGUAAUCUUUUAGAAAAUGAAAUGAAAUUAUUAGUUGUUAGACCAGAAGAAAAUGAUUUGGAAAAUGUGGCCUAUGUCGAUGCGUUGAUCACGGGAUACUUAAAAGACCAUUUUGGUAUUGAUACAUCUGAUCCAGCAUCUAUUCCUCCCUUGGUUGAGGCCGCUCAAAAGGAUCACUCUGCUCCUAAUCCAAACUUUGCUGUUAUUAUUGAUGGUGCUGCUUUACAUUUAGUGUUCCAAGAUUUGGUAGAACUUGAAGAUGAAUCGGUCAAGGCGUUGAAGGAUAAAUUCUUGUUAUUGGGUAAGCAAUGUAAGUCAGUCAUUUGUUGCCGUGUGUCUCCUUCGCAAAAGGCCGAAGUGGUGAAGUUGGUCAAAGACUCGCUUCAAGUCAUGACUUUGGCAAUUGGUGAUGGUGCCAAUGAUGUCGCUAUGAUUCAAGCUGCUAAUGUUGGGGUGGGUAUUGCUGGAGAAGAAGGUCGUCAAGCAGUUAUGUCCUCAGAUUAUGCACUUGGACAAUUCAGAUAUUUGACUCGAUUAUUGUUGGUUCAUGGCAGAUGGUCUUAUAAGAGAUUGGCAGAAAUGGUUCCCUGUUUCUUUUACAAGAAUGUGGUUUUCACAUUGACUUGUUUCUGGUAUGGUAUUUUCAAUAAUUUCGAUGGGUCAUACCUUUACGAAUACACCUAUCUUAUCUUCUAUAACUUGGCAUUCACUUCCUUGCCAGUUAUCGUGUUGGCUGUUUUGGAUCAGGAUGUUUCCGAUACUAUUUCCUUGUUGGUUCCUCAGUUGUAUAGAAGUGGGAUCUUGGGUUUGGAGUGGUCACAAUAUAAAUUUGCGUGGUAUAUGUUGGAUGGUCUUUAUCAAUCGGUAAUUUCAUUCUUCUUCCCAUAUCUUUUAUACUUGGUUUCGUUCCAAAAUCCUCAAGGUACUACUAUCGAUCAUAGAUUCUGGAUUGGGGUUGUUGCCAUCAGUAUUUCCGUUACCGCAUGUAAUAUCUAUGUGUUGUUGCAACAAAGAAGAUGGGAUUGGUUGACGCUUUUGAUUGAUGGUAUUUCCAUCUUGUUGGUUUACUUCUGGACUGGUGUCUGGAGUGCUAAUGUGACUGCAGCAGGUGAAUUCUUCCGUGCUGGUGCUCAAACAUUGGGUACCUUAGCAGUAUGGUGUUGUAUCUUUAUUGGUGUGCUUGUCUGUGUGUUGCCUAGGUUCAUUUAUGAUUUCUUGUUCAGAAAUUUCAAACCUAAGGAUAUCGAUAUCAUUAGAGAGCGAGCAAGAAUGGGAGAAUACGAUGAUUAUCCUGAAGGGUAUGAUCCUACCGAUGCCGAAGAUGUCGAAAGACACAGAUUGUUGACUGAGAUUAUAGACCACGAUCCUAAGAUGUUGGAACAAUUGCAAAAUGAAGAAAAACAGGCACAAGAAAAGCCGGAAGAACUCGACCAUAAUCCAUUAGCAAGAACUUUCAACACAAUCAAGAAACGUGCUACUAUUCAAAGAUCGAGAAGAAACACAGUCAGAUCAAGAAAGAACACCAUAAACGACCAAUUCCAUCGCCCUAUUGAUAUCAAUUUGUUGAGACAACAGAUGAUCCAACGGGGAGAAUACCAAACUGCCAGAACAUCAUUGGAGAGAAUUAAUACUACCCAUGAGCUUCCUGGUUUAACCCAAGCGGAAACUUUGAUCCAGUAUCAUACCAGAAAUAGUAUGACCUUGAAUAGGUGAUUUUUUGUAUAAUAUAUUUGUGUAUAAUAGUUUAAUUCGAGCUUAACUGAUAAAAUCGUAAUUUUGCAGCAGAUUCGUAUACGCGAGAUC